UCUUUAAGCUUAGCUGCUGCUGCUGUUCAGGGGGGUCUAGCCAGGAUGGGAUAGUCUCGUCAUGUGUCUCCGGGUUGAGAUGCUCCUUGAAGCGGCCAGGACUCGGGAUGCAGGGUGGGUGUAACCACACCUCCCCCCCCCCCCCCCCACCUCCAUUUCAAUGAAAAGAAAAGGUGCAGGUCUUUGACGCGUCUAUCCUGGGGGGAAAGUGGGCGUUUUUUUGGCUGCAUGGAGGACAGAAUUUGCCGGUACUGAGGUGGAAUAAUCCCGGAUCGAAGGAGAUACCAUUUUUUUUAAAAGGAUACCAAUUUAAUAUUUCUAUAUUUAGCGGAAAAUGACUCGGAUCCUUUUGCAUUCCUAAUUAGGAGAGGACCGGCUCGCGUCUAUCUGAGACCGGGAAAGGGGUGGGGGGGUGCUGUUGGACGGCAAAGGGCCCCCAUUGCUGCUGCUUGAAGAGAGGAGGAGGAGGACACCGGAGAUAUAAGGGAGGGGUACACCGGGAGCCAAGGGGCUGUGCGGCGGCUCCAUGAGCGGCUCCCCCCGGGAGGAGGGACAGCCCUGCAGAGCCCAAAAGCCGAAGCGUCUGCACCGCCGCGGGUAGCGAGAGAGAGAGAGUCCCCGCCAAGAGGACCAGCGGUUGGGCUAGCUUGGAAGUUUGGAUGCAUAUGAUCACAACCACCAUGAUUUUUAUGAUUCUGGGUGCCUCAGUUGUAAUGGCGAUCGCCUGUUUAAUGGACAUGAACGCACUACUGGAUCGCUUUCACAACUACAUCCUGCCACAUCUACGAGGGGAGGACCGCGUCUGUCACUGCAACUGUGGGAGACAUCAUGUCCAUUACGUAAUCCCAUACGACGGAGACCAUUCCCUGGUGGACUCAUCUGAGAACUACUUUGUGAGUGACAGUGUGACCAAGCAGGAGAUGGACUUGAUGCUGGGCCUGCUGCUGGGCUUCUGCAUCAGCUGGCUCUUGCUGUGGCUGGACGGCAUCCUGCACUGCGCCGUCCGGGCCUGGAGGUCGAGCCGCUACUACGAUACGCCAUCCUGGUCAUGGCUGCCUCAGUUCUGUAACUUUCGGGAGCUGCGUCGCCGGGCCCAGCUCCGACAGCUGGACGACUCCAGCGGCAACAUGGUGCACAUCAAGCAGAAGCUCUACCACAACGGCCACCCGAGCCCUCGUCACCUCUGACUCAACAACAAGAAAAAACCUGAGCCUGUCCUUUGAGAAUUCUCCAUGUUACUUCCUCAAAGGAACCCCACCCUUUAUGGGCCCAAAUUAAUGCAAGGAGGUGAUCACCUGAAGGAGCAUCGGAAACAAAAACAUUUUUAAGAGUGUUUUUUCUGUAUAGAGACAUUUUCUGUGUUGAUUGUUUAACUCGGCAUGCUCUUUUAGAACAGGGUAAAAUAUGUGGGCAGUGUUUGUUUUUUCUUUUUUGGGUGGGGUUGAACGGAGGGUGGUUUUUUUUUGUGAUGUUAGAUUGCUGCUUGUGUACAUAGUUCUAAAUAAGGGGCCUGGGGGUUUGGGGGGGUUUCAUUACUUUCUCACUAAUGAUUGGCUUGACGGGUCCAGGAUUACGGCGAACGAAGCAGUAAAAGAUGGACGCAAAAACAUGUGACACAAACACACAGAGAUUGAAUUAGCUUUGUUACAUAGUGAAAUAACUGAAUGUAAUUUAAUUUAUUGUAAAUAUAUGAGAUGGGGGGGGGGUGAGGAGGAGGAGGAGGCAAAAAAAAAACAUUGUGCUUUGGGUUCUCUUUGCUUUGCAAAAUAGUGUACUAUAUAUACAAUAGUGUAUAAAACACAUGGUACAUUCCAGUUUGUUUUCUUAACAUUUUGCUUGUUGCUAGGCAGAAUUCACAGGGCUCAAGUAUCAGCUUGGUCAAUGAAAAAUAUAAGGCACACACAGCCAUAAAAAAAAAAAAAAUUAUGAAACUAAUCAAUGUACCAUAUUUCACCAAAAAUGGUGCACUCCUCUCUAAAAAUAAUUACCACACCUCAAAUAAAUAAUUCCACCUGAUGGCUGUAAUUUUCUGAUUACCAUGAGUACCUGAUAGCACUCAUUUUUUUAUUUUUAUAAUGCAAAAAAUUUAAUUUAUAAUGCAAAAAAAAAAUUAGUUUAUAAUGCAAAAUGUCAAUGCUAACCCGAAAUCGACCUUGACAGAAUAUGAAAUAAUUUAUAUUUGUUAUGAUAUAUCUGAAUAAUUUAUACACUGUUUCAUUUAGAAUAAAAAAUACAUGUAUUUAAAAUAUUAAAAGUGACGCUGACUAGUUCGGUAUCAUUAUUUAUUUGGAAAAAACAUAUUUUAUAUUCUAUUUAGAGUUGCAUUUUAGCAAAUUACAGUAACAUAUGCCCGGUGCUCUCUGUAGUCGAGUAAAUACCCCCAACCACUCGACACUACAUGAGAAUUGUCGGUAAUUUUGCAAGCAAAAUCGCUGCUCCGUAUUAGAAAAUACAUAUUUGAAAUCAAGUUUUGUUAAUAUCAGAAGUGAAGCAAAGAGAACCCAUGUUUGCCUCCACCUCCUCCACUGUCCAGACAUUGCUGUUGUGAGGAUGAGAUGUCUGUUUUAUUAAAAGUGCCACUGAAGCACAA